AUGGACUCCACGAAUACUGAACCAUUACACAGUGGCAGAGCUAGACGUUCGCCGCUGGCUUGUUUGCCCUGUCGCUCACGCCACCUCAAAUGCGAUGGCAUGCGACCAUCUUGUAGUCGCUGCGCAGAGAUUUCUAAAGAAUGUCGAUAUGCUCGGUCGCGUCGAGGUGGUCUGGACCGUGCAGCUCUAGCAGAGCGGCGUAAGCGGCUAGAGGCAGCAGACAAUGAUGUGCUUAUACGAGCCCCGAGUCUUCAGCGCCAGGAUUUCACGUCCCAGACCAUUGAGGCCAGUAGUUAUGGUCUGCUACGUGGAAUCAGCAUUAGCGAUCAGACCUCGAGUGUAGCCUCACCGCUGCCAACAAUUAUAAGUCAUGGGGACAGCAUUGAGAAUGAUUCUUUGAUUGAUUCAUACUACAAGAACUUCCACAAAUUGCAUCCUUUUCUCUUACCCCGGAAACACAUGGCAAGGCUUUGUCAGGACCCGAGCAAACGACUGACGUUCAAACCUUUGAUUGCAACUAUGCGUCUCGUUGGACAUAUAUACCAUUUGCAGGAAUGGUCUGUAUCACUAAAGGACUACGCUGAGGCCUGCUUCUCGCAAACACCGUCAACAGAUCCCAUCAUGGUCCAGUGCCGCCUACUAUACUCCAUGGCUCUGUUUUGGCACGAAUACAAGGACGAAGCUAAAUCACAGAUAAACACUGCAUCAAGAAUUGCUCUUGAUUUAGAAAUGUUUUCUCAAGGAUUUGCAGCAAAGCAUGGGGCCGAUGACCCCAUAUUGCGCGAAAGCUGGAGGCGAACCUGGUGGAUGCUAUAUAUUGUGGAUGCAUACUAUGCAGGGACACUGGGCACUAUGAAUUUUGAAGUUGUGAAUAUUGAGUCUACCGUAGACUUGCCUUGUGAGGAGUGCGAAUACGAGUCGGGGGACAUUCCCGAGCCUAGAACCCUCCAAGAGUUUGACUGCCGCGAAUUUUCCUCCGAUAAUACAACCUUUUCGUCCUUUGCGUACCUCAUUGGUGCCGUACAAUGCGCGGCAUUAGCUAUAUCCACGGUGCCAAAGAUUGCGGCGAAGGAAGACUCGACGCAGGUUCUUCAGGCCGCAGACUCUUCGUUGAACGCAUGGUUGCUCUUACUGCCCAAGGAUCGCAAGCAAGUCAUGGACAAACAUGGAAAGACUGACGAACUCAUGUUUCAAGCACACCUGCUGAUCCACGUCGCGACUAUCGGCUUGCACAGGCCGUUUUCGGAUCUCAAAUUCAAUCCUGUGGAGGCGGCCUCAAGCUGUGCCAGGGAGCCGCCUCUUGAUACUCCAACCCCAGACCUAGUGAAUGUACACACCGUCCGUGUCUUACGGGCUGUCGAGGCACAGAUCCGCCUUUUGGCCUUGCCCGUUCAAAGCUUCCAUCAUACCCCUUUUACUACAUGCAUGAUCAGCGAGGGAACUCUGGCCCUGCUUUCAGCCUGCAAUUUUCUGUUGAAUGGGAAAGAAUUGACAAUAGCAAGAGAACAAAUUCGAAUGGCCAUUGGAUGUCUAAAGACACUGGGAGAAUUGUGGCCGAGAACAGCGAGGAAUGUAAAGGAGAUUCAGACCAUUGCGCACCAUGUGCUCAGCCUUGGAUCUAACUCGACGAGUAAAAUCAACGUGGCCAACGUUUGUAACGUGCCGGAUCUUUCUGGUGGUGAAGGACAGGGAAGCCUCACGUCUGAAACUGGGGUAUCGAGUGAUGAUAUCAAUUCUCUACCGGCAUUAGGAUCUAUAGAUGAUCUUUGUGGCUGGUAUAACCUUGAUGAUAUUGAUACUGCUCUUUCUUGGGGGCAUGAGCCAUAA